AUUUGUUUUGUACUUUCAAAUUGUACAAAGCUUUAUUGCCCUUUAUUUUUGAAAAAAUAGCUUAAUUACGAACAUCAUGAUAGGAAUCACAUCUAAAUGAAAGAUCACUUGCAAAAUAUUGUAUUAACAAUGAGGUUCAUAUCUUUGUUCUGCGCUAUAUUAUUGGCUUUUCAAAUAAGCACAUCCCUCUUUGGUGAAGCCGUGGUGUUUAAGUUUACAAACUAUGUAUGUCUGAGCUACAACGAGUCCUGGUUCAUUUUUCACAACUGCCGGCUAAAGGCAGUUAGUCGGGAUAAGGUGAUCUUGAACACGAACGGAACCAUCCUCUUUCCGGCUUUCUCCAUCAUCACUCACAGCAAGCUAUUCAAAAAGGCGAACGGAUACAAGCCAUGGCUAUUUGAUACCAAAGUGGAUGCCUGUCGAUUUUUGAAGAAACGUUAUGAUCCUUUCGCCAAAAUUGUUUAUGGUCUCUUUAAAGAAUUUUCCAAUAUCAACCACACCUGUCCGUAUGUGGGUCUGCAGGAAGUAAGGGGCUUCUUUUUAAGGCCUGAGCUUUUGUCGCUUCCCAUCCCAAGUGGGGAUUACAUGCUGUCGUUGAGAUGGUAUUUUCAUAAGAAACUAGUGUUUGACACAAACGUCAGUUUUACAUUUACAGAAGAUUUUCUUCAUGGAUAGUAACAAAUAUAAAAUAAUGUCGGCACAAGCUUGCGACAAAUUUUGCAAAAUUAUUGUACAUUUUAUAUUAACAAAAUACGCCUUGGAUGGUUGCUGAUUUGGCCGAAAACAUUAUGUGACAACCAUCGUUUACAACAUUUUUUAAGGAUAAUUCUAAUUUGAAUCAUAAUUGUCCCUAUUCGUUAAACUAUUCUUCCAGCGCCUAGGUUUCCAGGGCCUAGGUUAUGGGUGUUCAAGUGUUUCCCGAGGCAAUCCCAGUUCCACUUCCGUCUGGAAAUUACCUAAUUUUAAUUAAAGGGUCUGAAGCCGAAAUGUUUCCACA